ACACUUGUCAGCAACUGUCUAUUUUGUCUGAAUGGCCUGGCAACAUGCAAUGUUCUCGUGGCCUUCACAUGGACUGCUCUGCAAAACAUGUCUGGUAGACUGUGGACAUCCCAAGCCAUCCUGCUCCAUGAUCAACCGGGGUGCUCUGUCUUGAGAAGCUCGCUAUAAACAGCAUAGGACGAGCAUCCCUCAGUCAGUUUCAAGAAAUUGUACAUCCGAGGAACCACUGCUCCGGCAGCUAUGCAGUAGGAGUCGACGACUGGUCUCCUUUCUGUCUUUGCAGUUGAGACAUGUAAGGCAAUUCAGAGUGGAGACAGGAUCAGUAGUGAAGGAGAUCUGCAAACAGCCAGGCGCGCGGUCAUCAUGCCUCACGAUGGAGAGCACUGCUGGGUGGCACCAAUGCUGACGGAUAAGCUUGGGCUAUUGAGCCGAGAGGCGCGCUGUUCACCAGUGAUAUCGACUCUGUAUCCGUGCAAGACGAGCGGUGAUAGCUCCCAUUGUGUGCAAACUUCUGUAAGCACCAUAUCCCGUCUUGAGAUUCACACAUCAAUGGAAACGCGGAUCAAUGAGUUGACAGUGCACUCCCAACCUCACUGUCCCAGCGAUAGUGUAACAACAGAAAGGAAGAAUGGUAUUGAGGAUGAUGUGAGUGAUGGAGAAGUGUUUACUGAUGGUGAAUGCGAACCGCGAAGGUGGUCGGAAGCAAGCAGUCCCGAGGAUUUCUCCACUGCUAUUAACUCCAGCGUGGAGAGCUUCUCUUCACUCACAAUCUCAUCAAUGGGAAACUCAGAGGCAUCCUCUACGGUUAACUGUGACAGCGCUGAUGCUGAGACUAACUGCCCAGGAGUUGACCCACAACUGACCGAUACCAUCGGGAUACCAUAUGCAGAUGACAGCUGCACUGUCACCAAGAUGCACACUGUUGCUGCAUUUGGCAGCGAGGAAGGUCAUUCAGCUUUCCGCAUGAGUGGCACGGUCUACCGGCAGAGCCUAUCACGGAGGUCUGCAGCAAAGCGCCACACGGUAUCCUACCCAUCAACACCGGAAACGUUCAGAGCGAAGAAGUCCAUACUGCGCAUGAGCAAGUCUGAAUCAGAUUUAACUGUCAGCAGUAAGUCUGUCUCGUUCUCCGAUCCGCUCGUCAGCGGGCAUUUCGAGAUCCCGGCUCGAAUAAGGAAAGCAUCGCACAGCCCGCCAUCGCGGUUCUCGAAUCGUCAGUCCAGCUUAAGACAACAGCAUUUGCUGCUCUUGUCUCUUCCAUCUCCGUGUGCAGCAGCAGCAAACACCAUUCCGCUGCAACAUCGUAGGUACUCUCUUGAUCAGGAACAGCCCAGACUCUGUGCAGACUUUUCCAUUCAGCUCAGCCGUAACCAUGUACGCCUUUCCGCAAUGACCAACAGAGAUAAUAAGUUGCUAGCGUACGUGUGCGUCACCAACGUGUGCCUGGAGAAGACCGUUUUCAUCCGGCUGACCCGUGAUAGUUGGAACACACAUCGAGACGUGCCAGCUUCGUACUCGCACUCCAUUUCCGGUGAUGUGGAUGAGUUUGAAGCUGAGUUUAUCCUCGACGGCCCAACUCAUCGCCAUUCGAAGGUCGAGUUUGCAGUGUGCUUCCAGACUGCCGAUGGCCGCAGCUACUGGGAUAACAACUACGGAAAAAAUUAUCAAAUAUCAUAGCCAUCGCGGCGAGAACCUUUCCCGGCAUCACCCGUGCCCCUAUGUUCUGUAGGGCCGCAGUAUAUACUAGUACAGCACUAACUGGAUACACAUUUAUAGAUUUCAUUCUCAUGCAUGGCUUGCCAAAUAAUAAUUACAGUAUUAUUAUAGAAUGCACUGUACGUGUUUUAUUUCCUCGUCAACUAAAAAUAUAUGGGAAUAAGAAUACCUGUUCAACAUUUCGACAACAGAAUAUACUCAAUAUAGUCACAUACUUCUUGAAAUACCACAUUUUGAAAGAAUGUGUCUGCUAACUAGUUGCUAUGUUGCCCAUCUAUCGUACAGAUAUUACCAUGCUGAUCUAUUGCCUGCAGCUGUGUGCAUCACGCGGCAUGCUAUGACAAUGAUGCUGCAUGACUAUACCGGCUACAGAACUACUUACAAGCUAUUUAGUGUCCUUGCUAGUCGAGAUCUGCCUGCUAAAAUCUGCUGCUACAGAGUCUCUUAACUGAAAUAUGAUUUUCUGGUGUAGUGACAAUCUAGAACAGUUUUACGUUCAUUCUUUUCAUCACCAUUUAGUCGUGGUUUUUAAAACGAUAGGCUAUUCAGUGAUAGCCGCCGCAUGCAA